GUGUUUGACGUUGUUGUUGUAAGUGCUGUAGAAUUACUUUGUCGGCGGUGCUCUCUUUAGCAAAUGUACGCCUUGUUUCUCGAGAGGUGCAGAAAAGUUGAUCUGUGUCUUGUUCCCGCGAGGAUGUGGCGUGCUGUGGGAAACUUACGAGAAUGCUGAGCUCGCAGACAGCGCGGCCGCGGACGGUGUGGCUGUGACAGGAGCACUUUCUCUCCUGGACACACAUCCGUCUGACUUGAUGAUCACAUGACCGUGGACAUGGACGCGGUGCUGUCCGACUUUGUCCGUUCCACCGGAGCUGAGCCGGGGUUGGCCCGAGACCUGCUCGAGGGGAAGAACUGGGACUUCACGGCGGCCCUCAGCGACUACGAGCAGCUCCGGCAGGUCCACGCGGUCAACCUCUCCUACUCCUUCGGCGAGGAGAGGGCCUUCGUGCCCCCAGACAAAGACAUGGCUCGGGUGGGUCGGCCACUUCUACAGAGGCAAGAGGAGGUGGUGCAAGCCACAGAGAAGCGCCUGUCCCGGGGCAUCUCCCAUGCCAGCUCCACCAUCGUGUCUCUGGCGCGCUCUCACGUCUCCACAGGGGGCACCAGUAGCGAGAACCUCCUGGACACACCUCUGUGCACGUUCCAGCUGCCCAACCUCACUGUGUACCGUGACGACUUCCGCAACUUCAUCGAGAGGGAUCUGAUCGAGCAGUCCAUGAUGGUGGCACUGGAGCACGCGGGGAGGUUAAACUGGUGGACGAAAGUCGUUCCGAACUGUCAGAAUCUAUUGCCAUUGGCGACUAGUGGAGAUGGGAACUGCCUGUUACACGCUGCUUCUCUAGGAAUGUGGGGCUUCCAUGACCGGGAUCUGAUGCUGCGGAAGUCCCUGUACGCUCUGAUGGACCACGGCCUGGAGAGAGAUGCCCUGAGACGACGCUGGAGGUGGCAACAGACGCAGCAGAACAAAGAGUCGGGGCUGGUUUACACAGAGGAGGAGUGGCAGAAAGAGUGGAAUGAACUGUUGAAGUUGGCCUCCAGUGAACCUCGAAUACACUACAACACAAACGGCACUAAUGGCACGGAGUCAUCAGAAGAACCAGUGUAUGAGAGCUUAGAGGAGUUCCAUGUCUUUGUCCUGGCACAUGUCCUCAAAAGACCAAUUGUUGUAGUGGCUGACACCAUGCUGCGUGACUCUGGAGGAGAAGCCUUUGCUCCUAUCCCAUUUGGAGGCAUAUACCUUCCUCUGGAAGUGCCAGCUGCGAAGUGCCACCGCUCCCCUUUGGUGCUUGCAUACGACCAGGCCCACUUCUCUGCACUGGUGUCCAUGGAGCAGAAGGAUGGCACCAAAGAGCAAGUGGUCAUCCCCCUGACGGAUUCAGAGCACAAGCUGUUACCUCUGCACUUUGCUGUUGACCCUGGGAAAGACUGGGAGUGGGGCAAAGAUGACACCGACAAUGUCAUGCUGGCGAGUGUGGCUCUGUCUCUGGAGGCUAAACUGCACAUGCUGCACAGCUACAUGACGGUCACCUGGCUGCCUCUGCCCUGUGAGCAGGCUCCUCUGGCCCAGCCUGAGUCCCCCACCGCCUCAGCUGGAGAAGACCCCCGCUCGCCCCCUGACUCUGAGUCUGACAAAGAGUCGGUCAGCAGCAACUCUAACGGCACCACAGACACCAGUGUCAACGGGGCAAAGAGCUCCUCCAAGGACAAGAGCAGGAAGGACAAGGCUGACAAGGAUAAGAAGAGGGCCGACUCUGUGGCCAACAAACUGGGCAGCUUUGGCAAAAGUCUGGGGAGCAAGCUGAAGAAGAAUGUGGGGGGCUUGAUGACUGGGAAGACUCCUGGAGCUAUGGGGCCCAAAGGUGAAGCAGCCGAAAAGAAGAAGGGCUCAUUCAGGAGCAGAAAGGACAGUAAGGACAGUCAGUCUGCCCCCACCUCAGAGGAGUCAUCCAGUGAGCGGCAAGCAGGCCACAGCAGCAGCAGCAGUGGGGGGAGCAGCACUGAAACUGACCCUUACAAGUACAGCGCUGACGUCAAGACCAGCCUGGGCAUCCUGCGCACUGCUAUGCAAGGCGAGCGCAAGUUCAUCCUGGCCAGUCUCCUCACCACCAGCAACCGCCAGCCCUUCCAAGAGGAGAUGAUCCAGCGCUACCUGCUGGACGCUGAGGACCGCUUCAGGGCGGAGCAGGAACAGCAGAAACGGGAGGCAGAGAGAAAGGGGGUCACCAACGGCCCCCACAAGGACAUGCUAGGGGGCACUGACCUCAGCUACCAGCCCUACGAGCACAAAGAGGAACCUGAGAACAAUUCUUUUAAGCCGACUCCCCUUGCCCCCUCCAUGUACUCUGCUGUGGUGCCCAUCCCCCGCCCCACCAUCAUAGACCCGCUCCCAGAGCCCCUGCCCCAGCACAUGCGCAUGGCUGUGGACAGCCGCCGACAGCUGGCAGGGGGCUCUCCUGCCUCGUACCCAGGCCUGCCGUCUUAUGCCACCUUACCUCGUCACUGCCCCUCUGCACAGGGCCCCCCCCACCCACAGUACAACCCUCCUGCCAGCCCAUCUCGCCUUGCCCCUCCCUACCCCCCAGAGUUCAAUACGCCGGACUAUCUUCGCUCUGAAUUAGCACCCCCAUACACUAAUGGCUUCCGGGACGUGCGCUCCAACUUGGACCCCCGGCUCGGGAUGCCGGUCAGACACUACUCUGUGGGCAGUGCGGGGGGACUGUCCACCCGCUGCAGGACACUGGACUGUCCCUACUAUGGACACCCUGAAACCAGUAACUUCUGCUCCUACUGCUACCGCGAGGAGUUGAAGAAAAGGGAGACAGAGCCAGCCAUACACCGGUUCUGAGGGAGCGAACAGUCCAAAUCGCUGAGUGGCCUUUUCCCACACAGAUAUGUGGAGUCAUGGGAUGACGUCUUUUUGUUUUGACUACAUUUCAGAAACACACUCAUCUUUGUUUUCUGAUGAACCCUGGUCUCAUGUCACAGCACACACCACAGUCUGAAGACCAACUUCAGAUUUUAAUCAUACAAUUUAGAAACUAUGGGAUUGUUAAGUGUGACGUCACAUACAGUGUAUUUCUCUCACUUCCAGGUCAAAGCAGACGUCAGCUUAAGAUUUGCUGACUUUGCUUUGAUUUGGCACUAUGCCAAAGUGCAGUUCUGCAUUAACAGGACAGAUAGGCUUUCCUUUCAUUCAUUUCUGUGUGAACAGAAUAUAAAGAAGAAGUGAUUGAAAUGACUAGUGAAGUUAAAUUAACAGCUGUUUUGUCUUGGAAGGUAAAAAGGCCCACCUAAACUCAGACUUCUAUCGCUGUUGUCGUUAAAUGAUUGCAGUCCAUUUGUGACACAGUGGGUCUUGGUUAUAUUAUGAUGACAUUGUAAACAUGUCCAUGUUUGUAAUCAGCUGACAGCCGCUGUGUGUGGCAUCAGCACUCAACAAUCUCAUCCUAAAACACUGCGGUAGGUGACAAACCAGCAUUGUCUCACAUUGUCCUCAGUGUGGCGCUGUUCCCACAUACAUGGUGCUUUGGAAUGCUUCAUCCCAUUAAACGCUCUAUACACUACAUUAGAUUUCUCUGGUGGUGCUGCUGUGCCAUGGACCCAGGGCCUCCCUACUGCUCUAGUACUGACACAGGGCCUGCUCUUAGGCCUUAGUUUGUUUGCUUGUUUGUUUGUUCACUACUGUUACUAGGCCUGGUGAGGAGGACUGUCACUACAGCAGGACAGUAAGGGAGGGAGGGAGGGAGGGAGGGAGUGAGCAGGCUAAGGGAGUUCUGCUGAAGGAUGCAACACUAAAUGUAUCUGACAUGACCCUUAGACAAGAGCAGCUUUCAUCUCAUCCUCCAGUGUUUCACAGAAUAUUGUUCAGUUUAACUCUGGAGCGACAGGCUUGCUGCCUCAGCAAUGUGUGUGCAGUCACAGUGUGUCUGUAGUCACAGUGUGUGUCUGUAGUCACAGUGUGUGUCUGCACACACAGGCCUACACUAGCUGCUCACAUAUAUAUUAGUUACACAAUUGAGUUACCAGGGGACUUGGCUUCAGAACAAGCUUCACUACUGGUCACACAAGAGUCAGGACACUGAUGUUACAUGCACGAUCCUCCAAACACUUUAUAUAACCACAGUAGCAGUAAUAAAGUACUAUUGGUUAUCUUCAAGUGUAGAUAUUGUGAGCCUAGCCUCUUUCACAUUGCUCAUAUAUAGUACUCAAUCUGAAAGGUCCAAACUGCUUCGCCCUGCAUUCAAAAUGCACUGUUUAGUUGAGCCUUGCACCGAACAGUGAUGAUGUCACAUUUGCACACUGACCAGGCCUAGGACAUCAGUGAUCCUGAGACAUUCUCUCUGAGGUCAUUAUCCCUUUGAUAGAUAAAGCACAACUCAUGCAAUUCACUGCCUUGUCCAACUGAGGGCGCUGCUGCUGCAUUUUAUGAUACUCUUUGUUUCUUUCAAAGUGAUUGGCACUUGUACUCUGCAUCUGCAUUACUAAACAGCAGUCCUAAAGUAUUUAUUUAGAUUUGAAAUGACACACCCCGCUCUGCUCUAACUCGCCUCUGGUUUGAAGUACAUGGUCAGGUCUAAUGCGGGCAUCUGCAGACCGCGCGCGCAGGCUACUCCUUUGUAUAUUUAUGAAUAGAAAACUUAGCAUUUAUUUUUGUAAGCCCAGUGUGGAGCGUGUGGAAGUGCGCGUCCCCCUCUGUCUGGACUCUUUACCUGUAGUUCCUGGAGAGGUGGAGUGAGCUGAGCUGAGGAGGACAGGAGCUGGGGGCGGGCUCUGUUUGUCUACUGGCUCUGAUUGGUCUGUUGACUGGCAGAGUCCUUAAGUGGUCACAGUCAAGUCGGGAGAGCAAACAUCAAAUCAUCUAUCUUCUAGUUUGUUCAAUUUUCAUUUUUUUUGCACCCUUCAAAUAAAUUUAUUGUAUUU